GAUAAUUCAGUUGCUAAGACAAACCAAGAGACUCAAAGUCAACCUAGUGAAAUAACAAAGGCAUGACAGCCCGUUAUAUUGCCAUGCUUAAAAGAAGUACACCACCAACUCUUCGAGAGUUUCUAUCACUUGCACUCUUGAAAUCUAUUGGCACACCUUUGAGUGAAAAGGGAAGAAGAAUCAGGCGUUCACAUGCUGAACCAUCUCGGAUUAAAUGGAUCAAAGACCGUGUCAGCACUAUCUUAGUAGUAGCAAUAUUAGUUGCUACUGUAACAUUUACCGCUGGUUUUACAGUGCCUGGUGGUGUCUAUAGCUCUGAUGACAAAGACACAGAGAAAAGAGGCAUGGCCACUUUGCUCAACAGAAGAAUGUUCCAGGUAUUCACAAUUUGCGAUGCAAUAGCAAUGUACAGCUCUACCAUGGGAUCUUCCAUUCUGCUAUGGGCUCACUUGGGAGACUUUCAUAUGGCAUCCAGUGCCACGUACUUUGCUUUCUAUUUGGUUGGUUUGGCUCUAAUUACAAUGUCAAUUGCAUUCAUGGCCGCACUACAUUAAGCAGUGAGAAAUGUUUCGUGGGUAGCUGACACUGUGAUUGCUAUUGGGGUCAUCUUCCUUUUGAUGCUUCUGGGCGUAUUUAUUCUUCUGAUAUUCCCUUUAGGAGAACAAGGUCUUUUCUCGGGUCACAUCUCUGACUUUAUUUUUAAGAUCAUCAUCCCAUUUUCAGGAAGUUAUGGGAAGUUAACAAGGAAAGUUAAAGUUAAGGAGAUAGAGGCGUUCGAAGAAACAAAAAAGGAGGAAGACAAUGGUGAAGACCAAAAAAUAAGGACGGAGAAGCUUGUGAGACUGCAUACUGUUUAGCUGCUUUUCAAAUAGAAGUAGCAACCAAAGGGUAGGAGGGAUUGCAUGCACAAGUUUGUUUCUUGGAGGUCAUAUCCUGGACGACUAUUUGAUAUUUCACUUUGUUUGAUCAUGAUUUGA